AUGCUGAAGUUUUCACGUUUUACAAAUCAUAAUUACAAUCUUUUUUUCAUUUCAGGAUGUUCCCUACCAGAAGAAAUUGUGCGGAAAAUUCAUCAGGUAGAUCAGCAAAGUUCCACACUUACGACAGCGGGUAUUACAGGUUUUUCAGCGCGCAUCCUCGACAAGUCAGAAUAUCGACUAGAAAAAAGAGGAGCUGCUGGUGUAGGCGAUAUCGUUGUUGUUCAGUUGGUUGAGAUUAUAAAAAAACCUGGACAAAGUCUUGGCUUAUAUCUUCGAGAGGGAAACGGAACAGACAGGCAAACAUCAGGAGUCUUUGCUUCUCGUUUUGGAGAAAAUUCAGAACUUGAACGAUAUGGUGAUAUUGUUCGUCCAGGAGAUGAAAUUCUAUCCGUUAACAACGUAGACGUUUCUGCAAUGAGCAUCGAUGAUGUAGUACUGGUACUUUCGAUACCACGUCGUCUUUUGCUCAGGAUACGUUAUAUUAAGAACAGAAGGGAGAGAAUGACCCAAUCUCAGUCAAUGGUUACACGGCCAGUAGUAGUCUUCCAGAAGAGUGAUCAAGAACAACAGGAUGACACGUCAACUUCAUCCCUGCUGAAUCACCCAACUUCAACUGCUAAUACGUGGCUUGGAAAGAAAGCUCGUCAACAACAGGAAAUGGUGAAGCGCUGUCCUCAACCGUCUUCUUCGGUCUCUUCAGCGAUACCUCCUGCUGUCACAAAUGUGCAAACCAGGUUAACACUUAGUCCUCGUCAACACCAUACCAUCGCUUACCCAUCUCGUUUCUUAAAUUGCCCGGUGGAACCAGUGGAGGAAACCGUUUCACGGACUGCACGUGUGCCACCACCUAAAAUAUUGCCUUCCGCGGUACGUCGCGCUGACAGUUUUAUCGUUGCUCAAUCAUCCACUCAGAUGUUACCUUCCUCGUACACUUGUUCAAUGCCUCGAUCAUUUACUCAACGCUCCAUACCGCUGCCAUCAUUCCCAGGACCAUCAACGGCUCCAGACAGCAAUCCUCAGGCUUCAUCUGAUGCUUAUGAUGGUUGCUCGGAAAAUUUCGCUUUUUCGCAGUUUCAUGUACCCUCCAGUGCAUCACGUCAACUUCCCAUAGGUCAGCGUUCCCUUAGUGACGUAGCUGGUUACGCUAUGCAUCGUUCGCUUUGCUCUCCCCCGGAAGCUGUCGAUAGAAAAUAUGUAUAUCGUAUUCAAGCAGCUCCAUCGUCGCCAUCCACUGCAGCGGCUUGGCAUCCCAUUGAUCAACCAAAUAAAAGUAAUUCAUUGCCCCGUCGACGUGCAACUUCCAGCACUACACCUCGAACUGUGAAAUGGAGGAAUGAUGUCAUUGGUGGCACAAGUAUGCAUCCACUCUGUAAUGAAUCGGAUGGAGCAAUAUCAGCACCUGAAACAAUGUUAUCACCAUCAUUUAUCGGCUCAUACCUCAAACAACAAGAUACUCGAUUACCCCUUGGUCUCGGUAAUAUCAGCGCGCAGUAUGGACGGACUAUCGAUGAUAUAUUUUCAGCUCAGGAAUAUCGAAACUGGGCUGGAAUUGACGUAGGCAUGAAGUCGCAAGAAAGGCAUUCUAGAUGGUCUCAUACAUAUGGGGAGAAACCAGGUGCUUCCAAUCGAAGUUCAUCGCUUCCAUCCAGGGCUAUAUUAAAUUCUGCUAACAGGUUUUCACUUGGCCAUGAACGAGGUGACUUAUUAGAUAAGUUGCACGUAUCGCCUUUAAUGAACAGAAGAGUGCCGUUAAAAGCAGCUGGUCCUGGUUUUGAUGUAGAUACUCCUUUACAUGUUACUUCACUCACUGGAUUGCUUGUUGUUCAGAUCAUCGAAGGACGAGGGUUAAAAAUGCCUGAAAAGCAAAAAGCAUUUACUGAAGAGAUGUACUGCGUGCUAGAGGUCAAUGAAACGCAUCGUGCAAGAACGGGUGUUUCUACGGCUGAACAAAAAUUUCGGUGGCGUGAAACGUUUGAAAUUGACGUGCAGCAUGCGACUCAUACAAAUUUUUUCGUUUAUUCAUGGCAUCCACAAUAUCGACAUAAAUUGUGUCAUAGAGGAUCACUGAAGUUAUUAGAAGCAUUUAUUGUGGAUCGUUUGAAUGGUAAUCGAAUGUUUGCAUUAAAUUUGGAACCAAAAGGUCAACUUAUUGUUAAAAUCGCUUUUCAUAAUGUUGCCGUGGCUUUUCGAAGGACCGUUAACUGCAGGUAUGAUGGUGUAUUUGGGGUGCCGUUGCAGCGGUUGGUUGCGAAAGAAGGACGGGAAACACCUUUAGUACUUUCUCGUUUAUUACAGGAAAUUGAACUGCGUGGUGUUAAUCACUCUGGUCUUUAUAUUUUGUGUGGGUCUCUAGAAAAAAAACGUAUUUUGCGUGAAGAACUGGAGUUAAGUGUGGAAAGAGCGCAAUUAAGUGUGGAUGCAGUUCCGGAUACUAACGUAUUGACAUGUCUAGUGAAAGACUUCUUACGUGAGUUACCAGAACCACUGAUAUCAACCUCCAUAUACUGUAUGAUUGUAGAAGCAUUCUCCGUCGCAUUACCCAAUGAUCCACAAGGAAAUCGUCGUUUGCUAUUAAGGGUCAUUGACUGCCUGCCUACACCUAAUAAGAACACACUAAUACAAAUAAUGGAUCAUUUGAAAAUGGUGAUGAAUUCCGAGCAACACAAUGGAAUUACCACAGCUCGUUUAACUGGCAUCUUUGGUUGUCUGCUUUUUUGUUCCUGCGAUUUGCCGGUUGAUAUUAGUACUAAAAGUAGUGGUGGUGCGUACCCAACAAAACCAACCAUCAAUCCUUUAGACACAGAUCAAGCUGCUCGUACAUUCAGCCUACUUUUUGACAUUUGGCCAAGCCGAGUUAGUAAGUCUGUCAACUAUUAUUCCUGA